AUGGAUUUUCGUGGAAGAACUUAUCCUUGUCCACCACACUUUAAUCAUCUUGGAAGUGAUGUAACACGAAGUAUUUUGCUUUUUGCCAAGGGUCAAAAACUUGGGCCUCGGGGUCUGGAUUGGCUCAAGAUUCACCUCAUCAAUCUUACUGGUUUUAAGAAACGAUCCUCCAAUGCAGAAAGACUGAUGUUUGCUAAUGAGAACAUGGAUAACAUUCUAAACUCUGCUGAUCACCCAAUGGAGGGUCGUUGUUGGUGGCAGACUUCUGAUGAACCUUGGCAGACACUUGCCUGUUGUAUGGAAAUUGCCAAGGCAGUCAGAUCUCCAGACCCGGCAGAAUAUGUUAGCCAUUUUCCUGUGCACCAGGAUGGUUCCUGUAAUGGUCUGCAACAUUACGCAGCUCUGGGACGAGAUCAGGCAGGGGCUGAAUCUGUUAACCUUAGUCCAUCAGAUCAGCCACAGGAUGUCUACAGUGACGUAUGUGAGUUGGUUGAAUGCGAAAGAGCCAAAGAUGCCAAGAAUGGAAUUUUGAUAGCACAGAAAUUGGAAGGUUUUGUCAAGAGAAAGAUCAUUAAACAGACUGUGAUGACAACGGUUUAUGGCGUGACCCGUUAUGGGGCCAAAUAUCAGAUUUUAAAGCAACUAAAAGACUUACAGGACUUUGACCCAGAAUAUGUGUGGCCUGCUUGUGUUUACCUGGCAGACAAGACCUUCCUGUGUUUAGCAGAAAUGUUCAGUGCAACCAAAGAAAUCCAGAUGUGGCUCACGUUUUGUGCCCACCACAUAGCCACACUGAGUCUGCGCCCAGUUGAAUGGAUUACCCCCCUUGGACUGCCUGUGGUACAACCCUAUCAUAAAAUGAGUACAUUUCAGAGGUGGGGUGUUUCUCUAUCAAACUCUAUGUCCACUUUUGAAAAACCAAAUUCACUGAAACAGAAAAAUGCUUUUCCUCCCAACUUCAUUCACUCUUUAGAUUCAACACACAUGUUGCUGACUGCUCUCUAUUGUCUCAGAGAAGGUAUUACAUAUGUUUCAGUCCAUGACUGCUUCUGGACCCACCCUGCCAGCGUGGAAAUCAUGAAUAAGAUUUGCCGAGAACAAUUUGUUGCAUUACACAAUCAACCGAUUCUUGAAGAUCUCUCAAAGCACCUUCUUAAAAAGUUCUGUACAACGUCAAAAGGUUCCAGUCUUCAAGAAGUUCCCAAUCAGCGAAUAUUGCAGUCAAUGCUUGGUAAGGUACCAAAAAAAGGAACAUUCAACUUAGAACAGCACUUGUUUUCUUUCUUUCUUCUUCUUUGCAAAUUGACGACUUCUUGCUUCUCAGUCAACUUUGCUAACACCAAAAUAGUAUAG